UGCCUCCUGUUUCAGAGGCUGUAUGUCUGUGUGCACCAGUUGAUGGGGAACCUGGUCAGGAGAGGGCUGUUGUUACCGUGUGGGCAGCUGGUUGGCUACUGUGUGAACAUAUGCUGGCCUAGGUGGACCCUUGCUCUGGCCCAGGCAGGCCCUCCUUAUAUCCCCAGGUAGUCUAACCCACCUGGAGGGUAUCACAGUGCUGCACUAGUGGCACUAUGGGAGCAAGCACUGCCCAGGACACGCAAUACGAUAACCCUGAUGGCUUCUGCUAAUCUUCUUCUCCUGCGUUCCUCCAGCCCUCCUAGUGCUCCAGCCCAAGGUCCCAGCAUGUCGUCCCGGGUGCUUCUCCGGCAGCAGCUGAUGCGGGCGCAGACGCAAGAGCAGGAGCGCCGAGAGCAGCAGCAGGCAGCUCAGUUCACUUCUGCACUGCCUGCACCUUCAACGCCUGCGAUUUCCGUGAGCCCACUGGCCCGCCCUGCACCUGCCCAGGUUCCUGUGGAGGUCCUAAAGGUUCAGACCCACCUGGAGAACCCCACAAAGUACCACAUCCAGCAAGCGCAGCGGCAGCAAGUCAAGCAGUAUCUUUCUACAGCCAUGGGCAGCAAGAUGGCAACACAAGCUUUAGCCGGGGCCAGCCCUGGGGUGCCAACUCGCUCCCCGCAAGCAGCAUCAGCUCCUGAGCCCCAACAUGGCUUGGCUCCACAGCAGGGAGCAGCUGGGGGUGCCGGCAGUGCCCCUAAUAGCCCCAUGGCUAUGCUGAAUAUUGGCUCCAGCUCUGAAAAGGAGAUCGAUGAUGUAAUUGAUGAGAUCAUCAGCUUGGAAUCCAGCUACAAUGAUGAAAUCCUCAACUAUGGUGGCCUACAGGUGCCCAGCACUCUGCCCGUCUCUGGCAACCUCCUGGAUGUGUACAGCAACCCGGGGAUGAUAGAGCCAGCAGUCACCGUCAGCAAUUCCUGCCCAGCCGACCUGCCUAAUAUCAAGAGAGAGAUGUCAGAAAAUGAAGCCAAAGCAUUUCUGAAGGAAAGGCAGAAGAAAGACAACCAUAAUCUAAUUGAGCGGCGGCGGCGAUUCAAUAUCAAUGACCGAAUCAAAGAACUGGGAACCCUCAUCCCAAAAUCUAAUGACCCGGAGAUGCGCUGGAAUAAAGGAACCAUACUGAAGGCCUCGGUGGAUUACAUCCGGAAACUGCAGAAGGAACAACAGCGCUCAAAGGAAAUGGAGAUCCGACAGCGCAAGUUGGAGCAGGCAAAUCGUAGCCUGCAGCUAAGAGUGCAGGAGUUGGAGCUCCAGGUCCAGAUGCAUGGGCUGCCUUUGACUUCCGCCCAAGGGCUGCUGACACAGUCUUUGGGAGGUGACCCAACUCCCUCAUUUGCGGACUCACUGGACCUGCCCUUCUCAGCCGAGGACCUGGGGCUGGAUCUUGCACUGGGAUCAGACGGAGGACCGCUUCAGGAUGUGCUCAUGGACGAUGGGACCACCUUAUCUCCGCUUGGUGCCUCUGAUCCGCUACUCUCCUCUGUCUCCCCUGGAGCUUCCAAGGGCAGCAGCCGCCGUUCCAGUUUCAGCAUGGAGGAUGAUUUGUGAUGGCAGCACUUGGACUUUGGUGAUGGGAAAGGAGCUGGAUAAGGUCUUGCCUAACACUCCUGGACCCACCCCUGCUCAGACUUUUCCUCUUAUCCUGAUCCAGCUCGCAUCUCAGAGGCUCCUCCCCUCUGCUGC